AUGUCGGUAGACGACGCAGCAAAGAACGAUCCCGAGAAACACGAUGACACAGGGUCCGAUCGCGAUUCUCCCCCGUCGAUUGACGAGGACCUAGCUGAUAGAGCGAGAAGGAAACAGGCCUCUCGCAGCACGUCGCAAACGCGCCUGUCGAAUUCGAGUCCACAAGUUAAACGGAACACAGGUCUCUUGUCGCCCAGACUCAGCCCUCAGCGUUCAGCGUCUCCCAAUGGGUCCCGGAAAAUGACUUCACCACGACCACGACCAGGUCGUCUCGGACAAGAAUGUGCGAACUUCCUCAGGCCACGCGAGGUCACAGUCCAAAGGGAUUUGCCGGAACCAGGCCGCCUUUCUGAGGAAGUGAGAGUGCCUUAUAUGGGCCCGCUCAGCAUCGAUACAAGUGUUUUCAAGAGAACACCAAAGUGCUGGGGGCACAGGAUUGCGAAGAGUGGCAAAACUUGUGCGCAGUCUGAACCAGGAAGUCCUGUCAAAACUUCAAGCUCAGACGGCCCGAAUGGCCAAAGAAAGGUGCGCCGAAAGAGUGAGCGACCGGCUUCCGGGCAGGAUUUUCGAUCACACUGGGAGUCCCCCUAUGGUGAACUUGAUCACCCUGUCACUCCUAUGACACCACCUAGCUCCGACUGCGGUGAUGGUCAAUCGGAAGGGGAAACAAGUAAUUCACUAGAUCUGAUGGAACCAAUCUAUCGUAACGAUAGUGGUGUUGCGGAGCAUCCAUCGGCCGAAAGUUUCUCAGACCUUGUGGGCUCAGAAUCGGACGACGCUACUGAAUCCACACAACAAACCGAAGAAUCGCUGAUUCACACUCGCAAACCUUCACAAUGUCAUUCGAUGUCAGAAGAUUCGUAUGCAAGGGACUUACGGCUCCGUCCAACCUCUCAAGCCAGUUCCAUGGGUCACACUGAUAGCAUCCUUCCUUUGCAUAUGUCUCCAUUUGACUAUGCCAUCGCUCCGUAUCUCCAGAACGUCAGGAGUUCCGGCGAAUCUUAUAUUCGAAAUCUUCCCUCACCUACGGAGCCAUCUACUCCCUCCGUCAAUCGCUCUUUUGUCGAUGAUGACGACGACUCCAUAGCGGAGUUCUCUCAUCGCAACGAACAACUAUAUCCACACCCAGAUAGAGACCCAUACCCAGAUCCUCAGCUUGAACUCUUUCUGCUGAACAUGAGCGCAGCGAUGCGCUCACGGUACAUCAACCUACGGACGGUAUUGAGCCGUUGCACCAUGCUCGCUUCCUGCCGUGUGGACCGUUCGUCAAAGUACUCAGCCCCUCCCAUCACUAACUUCCACCUGCUCAGUCGACUUGCUCGAAGGCAUGCUCUACCGAUAGCGAAGAAUCUCGAGUUGGAAGGCUUUCAGGCCUUAUGCCACUACUGGAUUGGCCGCGGAGAAGCGGGGCUUAGAAAUUGGGAUGCAGCAGAAGCAGCGUUCGAAGAGGCUCUCAAACUGCAAAUAACGACACGCACCGAUUUCCGACCCAGAGCUCAAGGGCGAGACGCUCAGACUUGGCUGGUCCGGAUACGGAAACAAAUCUCCAUGGUGGCAAUAGUCGACGAAGACAAGAGUGUGACAGACGUCCUUGAACGCUAUGACCAUUACUGGGAGGCCGUGGAGGAAGGGGAUCGCGUGGAUGUGGAAGCUUCUCGGGAUCAGAUCCCCACCGCCUGGGUGCCGGACGAAUUACUUGACCAUGGCGAGUUCACAGCCAAAGAUCUGGCAUAUGUGAAGCAUAGCUCUUACGAGAAUGACGAGGCCGUGAAGGGGCUUGAAGCGGUCAUUGCGGAGAAUCAGUGGAAGAUUUCGCAGAAGAAGAUGGAUUAUUGGGUUUCGUUGUGGGAAGAAACACAGUGCUGUUGA